GCCUGCAGCACGUGGAACAAGAGAAAGGACACCCACACAGCCACGGCAUACACACACACACACACACACACACACACAGACAGAGCACCGUCACCAUGGGGAAGAAGAGCAAAGGGCGCAAGUUCAUUGACAAGAAUGAUCCAAACACGUUCACGUUCACGCUGGUGCAUCGCAGCCAACAUGACCCACGCGCUGCAGACCCCACCGCAUCACAGUAUGUCCUGCAGCCGGUGGAAUCGAGAAACGCGGCGCGCCGCAAACGCCGCGAGGCCCGCAAAACCCGCCAGCCGGGUCAGGCAUCCGCACCCUCGGCAGCAUCGUCUGCAACCUCCCAUACACAACUCCCGGAGCUUGGACUCCCCAUCCAAGAAGAGCAGGAGCGACCUCAAGGGCGCCCUCGCCUCGGUCGGCAACACCCGCACGCCUCCAGCCGCGCCGUCUCCAACACACACGUUAACCUUGAUGAGGGUGGCCAUGCUUCUGACCAGGACGAUAAUCAACAAGACACGAACUCCAACGAGCGGCCUGAGAUGUACGGCAUUUACUACGAUGACGACUACGACUACUUGCAGCACUUGCGCGAGCCGGGCGCACCCGGGGCAGACACGUACUUUGUGGACGAGCAAUCCAAGUUCGAGUACCUUGCGCGACAGGGCGUGGUGCAGCACGAUAAACUGAGCCUGCCGGAGGAGGUGCUGCCCUCUGUUGGUGAAGAGGAGGUUGGUCUGCUUGCACGCGCAGCGCCACACAGCGGGCCGCGUCUUGACUGGGAUCCCGAUGUUGUGGAGGCGCUCGAUGAUGACACGCUCGCCGUGGACCAAGGGGCCGAGGAAGCCGGCGUAUUUGAAGACUACCUCAAUGCGGUGCUGGCUGGUGACGAAGACAACAAGUACGCCGACGAUGAUGAUGGCGAUUACUUUGACGAUGAUGAUGAUGAUGAUGAUGAUGACUUGCGCACACCGCACCAGAGCGAUGAUGAGGAUGGCCCACACCUCGCUGUCAGCGAUGACGAUGGUGAGGAUGAUGAUGCUGAAGAUGAUGGCAGAGCGAAGCGCAACGCAGCUGCAGGGUUUUCAUCGUACGACGACAUCUGGCGGCAGAUUGGCCACGGCACACGGCCCGACGCGUCGGCGGCGCGUGCCAAGACGGAGGUCAAGUCCCGGUUUACGGAGUACAGCAUGACAUCGUCCGUGUUACCGCGCUCGGAGGUGCUGCAGGACCUUGACGAAGGAUUCGAGGUCUUCUUCGAGAAGUACGACGACGAGAACAUUGGCAGCUUGGACGAGAUUGCAGACGAGGCCGACAUGAUGUUUAGCGAAAGCGACGUCAGGGCCCUUGAGGAGGAGAUGGAUGACUUUUGCGACGAGAUGAAGACGAUGGGGCUGAUGCGAGACAAGGACGUGUCGUAUCGUAUUGAGCGCGAGCAAACACGCCGAGCCCGCAAGGAGCAGCGGAGUGCAAGUGCCAAGCAGUCCACCACAGCUGCAGCGGAGCACAUCAAGUCUGCCGGUGGUGACGAUGCGGAUGAAACGAGCAGCCAGGGCACGAUUGGUGCACGCCCCAACGAAAGCGACGGCGAGGACUACGAAGAUGAUGACGAGGAGGAACGCGUUAUGGUCGUCGUGGCUGGACAGCCCAAAUCGCGCCGGGAGUGGGACUGCGAAUCCGUGCUGUCCCUGCGCAGCACGCUGUACAACCACCCAACAGUCAUUGACGAGGGCCGGGGACGCCGUCGGCAGCGAGGGCGCGACCGGUCCGCAAACAGCACCGCCGCAAACCCGUCAAAGCACAUCCAGAUCGACCCAAAGACUGGCAUUCCGGUUGAAGGGCUUGCGCUGAUUGGGCGGGCGAAGCAGGACGACAACGACUCGGACUCUGACAGUGACGGCCCCGCGCCAAACCUUGGGGAGUCGAGGCCUAAGAACGAAUCGAAGGAAGAGAAGAAAGCGCGCAAGAAGGCGAUCAAGGCGCAGCGCCAGGCACGCCGUGCACAGAAGAAGCAGACGAAGCAGGCGUUCAAGGAGGAAAUGGCAAAGCAGCAGAAGAUGCGAGCUGCUUGAAGGCCUCAUGUUGACCGCUGUCACUCUGUUUUGUCGUUUCGUUUCGUUGCGAUGCGUGAGUGAGUGAGUGUGUAUGUGUGAGUGUGUAUGUGUGUGCUGUUGUCGUUCUCUAUCAGCGAUAUUGUUGUCUUACUGCUUCAACUCUGUGUAUGUGUGCAUGUGUAUGCAAACGUGUGUGUUGUGUUUCCUCCUCCAAAUAAAACAAUGUUCCGUC